CUGUGGCUGUUAGGUGUUCAGUGACUGUUGUGUUUGUAACGAAAUGCUUAAUAAAAUCGCAUCCUUGUGAGACAUAAGGAACAAAUUGUAGUAAAGAACUGCUGUUAGAUAAAUACUGCUCCCUUAGAAUUAAUUAUGAAAGAGGAAGAAAAGAAAUAUUCAUGUACGAGUAUAUUGCUUAACUCGAGAGAAAGAAACUCUGAAGAAACCAUUAAUUCUUUAAGAAUGACGAAAGAAACAAAAUGUAAAACUUUAAAGGAAUUUCCAAAUUCUUAACGUUCGUAUGUAAGUUCUUUGUUUGUGGUUCCACCGAAAACGAAAGUGAAUUGUGUACUGUAGUGUCCAGUGCAGUCAAAUGAGCUGUCAAAUGCGGCUAGGUGACCCAGCGGAUGUUACUGUCAACUGCAGAAUUCUUUCAUCUGGAGAACACACAUAAUCUCAUUAUCAGUUUGCAUCCAAAAAUUAGUCUAAGUCAUCUUAAAAUUCAAUAUUGAUCUCUGUGAACCUGACAUGUGAAAUUUGGAAGUUGCCUUUCACGGCUUGGAUAACAGGCUGCAGAGGCCCGGUAUGCACUCGUAAACUGUGAUAGAAGUGGAAAUAAGUGGCAUCCUGUGAAGUGUAAUUAGUUCAAUUGUUAGUGGCUAUCAGUUUCAGAGUGUUCUGAUUGUACUUUACAACCAGGAGUAAGCCUCGCGUUUUCCUGCACAAGUUGCAUUACGCUUUUACAGAACUGCCUUUGCUACAGUUUAAUGCGAUAGUAAAUGUUCGAAGAGGAUUCCGCUCAUGUGACUGGUUACUAAGCUCUGGUUUACAAUUUGCAGAAACCAUUAAGGAGGAGCAACACACUGUCCAUUUGUGAGUUGGCCCGUCUUUGUUAUCGGUAACCAUUCUCCGAGACGAACACAUCAUCACGGUGAGGGAGCAUUCUGGAGAUAACGCUACAGCGAAGCACACAUCACACGCUCCCGUCUAAACCAUAACCGAUAGAAAACUUCAGGUCUGAGAAUGCUAACAUUUCCUGAAUUCAAGAUAUCUUCGAAGUGCUAUUGGUUUGUGCGUGUUACUGGGGAAUUUACGUUUUACUGCGAGGAUAGACCACUACACGAAGUACGCUGUAGGGAUUCUUGCUGUUUAUCGGACAGACUUCUGAAAAUGUGAUCCAAAAUCAGAAUAUUUAACAACAUCAUAUCAAUUAUUAUUUAGCGGGGUUUGUUCAGUGUCUUGUAAUACAUUUAUAUCAGUAUUCAUUUAAUUACUAUAAAAAGUGUACAGUCAGUAACACGCAAAAUAAUAUCCUUCUCUAGUGAAUUUGGAAGUAAUAUCAAGCGCAUCAGAAUAUCAUCUUUAUGGAUAUCUGAUACUACUACGUGUCAGAGUCAGAAUAUUAACUGACCUAUGUAACGAAUUUGUCUUUAAGUAAGAUUGAAAGCAAUAUUCUGAAAGUGAAUUUCGUGUCAGAUCUCCCCAUUUGCCAUGGCCGCUUCUGACAGAGUUUCAAUUAAGGAAAUUGAGGAAAGUGACAGACUGAAAGAGCUCCUAAACCACACAGACCUACUGAAAGAGGUGGAGUGCUAUUCAAAGGAUGCGGAUUCCACUGGAAGCGGAGAAGCGUCGGUCCUGUUCUGUCCGAACUUCUAUGACACACUACUCUGCUGGCCGAAAACACCGGCCGGAACGCUGGCAGUUCUGCCCUGUUUGGAGGAACUGAACGGCAUCAAGUACGACACCACACAAAACGCCAGUAGGUUCUGCCACAGCAACGGCACGUGGGACAACUAUACGAACUACAAAGCCUGCGUCGAUAUGCCGUUGGAAGGUCAAACGGAGACGGGCGUGGAAACAGCGACCACUUUGUACUUCAUUGGAUAUACCAUGUCCCUCGUCGCACUUAGCAUUGCCGUCGGAAUCUUUCUGUAUUACAAAGACCUGCGGUGCCUGAGGAACACCAUCCACACGAACCUCAUGUCAACAUACAUGCUGGCGGACUUGUUCUGGAUACUCACUCUGAUCCUGCAGAUAUCCAUGCAGGAGGACAGCACGUCCUGUGUCAUCCUGGUUGUUCUACUUCAUUACUUCCAUCUCACCAACUUUUUCUGGAUGUUCGUAGAAGGCCUAUACCUUUACAUGCUGGUGGUGGAGACUUUCACUGGAGAAAAUAUAAAACUACGUUUCUACGUCGUCCUUGGCUGGGGGGCUCCUGUCGUGAUUGUCAUCUUGUGGGCGAUUGUGAAGAGUUUCGCGCCUAUACCAACGGAGCCACAAGCUCCAACUGCUGACCCUGGGGUGCUGCGUAACUGCCCGUGGUGGAGCCCCCAUGCCUAUGAUUGGAUCUACCAAGGACCGGCAGUGGCUGUUCUCGGAAUCAACUCUAUAUUCCUCCUCAUGAUCAUGUGGGUCCUGAUAACGAAGCUACGGGCAACAAACAACGCCGAGACCCAGCAGUACCGCAAAGCCACCAAGGCACUACUGGUCCUCAUUCCUCUGCUGGGCAUUACUUAUAUUCUCGUCAUUACUGGUCCCGCAGAGGGCAUACCUGCUGCUAUCUAUGACUACGUCACAGCAGUACUUCUGUCAACACAGGGUUUCACGAUAGCGCUUUUCUACUGUUUCCUGAAUACGGAAGUGCAGAAUACCGUACGCCACCACUUUGAGCGCUGGAAGACAGCCCGUAGUUUAGGAGGAAAUCGACGUUACAACUACAGCAGCAAGGAUUGGUCCCCGCGCUCCAGAACAGAAAGUAUUCGCCUGUACAGUCAGCCAGCCAGUCAGUACAGGAAGAGCGAGUCCACAGUCAGCGAGACUACGACGACAACACUGGUCGGCGGCAACAAUGUCAACAACGGCGCCGGUGUGUCCGCUAAGGUGUCCAACGGAGGGGGGUCCACUCUGAGAGCUACGUCUGUUGUCCAUAAGGACGUCGAACGCUUCGGGGACCGGCGUCUGCUUACCUGUGACGGCAACCAUCACGACGCCCACAUAUGGCCCAAACCUCACUGUCGAGAAUGCGGUCUGAAGGAGUGGCUUGGAUUCUGCUUUCAGUCGACCAUAUAUGCUCAAGAUAAAUUUCAGCAAUUUAUAUUAUAUACACUGUUAACUGGUGGACAAGUGAUUUUCUUAUAAUGUGACAGGUUACAAUCAAUCCACUUGUAUGCAUUGAUGUAAGUUACAUCACGUGAUAGCUUCCUCGAAUGUUUUGGCUUUUAUGCUUCCAUAUGCUUAAGUGACGUUCCUUUUUACCUUAGAUAUAUUAGCGAUUUUGUCUUUAGUUAAGCGGGAACAAGCUGCUUUGUAGCGGGAUUGCACUAACACGUAAGGUUUGAUUUAUUAAAUAUGGGCAGUUAUACAUCUGGCUACGUAGCAGACAGUAAAGAAGUGAAAGAGCUAAUCCUUCCCAAUUCAAUUCUUGUAACAAACGCGUAAUCAUACGUAUGAAUAUAUGGCAUUGCAGAUACCCGGCCAUUUUGUCUUUUCAGUGUGACAUUACGUCGAAAAAUGGAAAUACUAUCUAUCGAACCUUCGGAAGAAUUUUUGUCUACUUUUCAUGGCAUUCUGAAAUACUCGUAGUAAAUUUCUAUAUAUUCGCUUGUUUUUUUUCAUGACACGAAAAAUGAGUCAUGUAGAGUCUAUUGUUGAGUCGAUAUAAUUAAAUCCUUAAAGGAAAACAUCGCUUUGAAUUCCCAAUCAAAGAUGGAAGAAUGGUAUUCAAAUUGAUCUCAAAGACGUAUGAUUUGAAGCUGCGUGCUGACAAGUAAGAGAGGGUAUGAAGUGUAUAGAUUGGAAUGUUAACACAUUAGCAACGAAAAAUAGAUUACGUGUAUACGUAUAUGCAAUGAUCCAUUUUCCUGUACGUUUUAUGAGGAUCUCCUCUUACUUGUCAUAUUUAAGCAACCAUGUUCUAUAACAUCCUGCGAAAUGAUGCAUCUGCCUGAUGCAAUACAGUUCUCCUGAGGAAAUAACUGUACUCAUUCAACGUGUCUCAAGGCAUGAACUUUCCAAACAUUUUUUCCAUCUUUCCGUUACUAAAUAGAUAAUUAAUUGACGUCAGUUAUCAAUGUUUUGGGUUGACUUGAAAGAAUUCUGACGAUGGUGUAUACUGUACUUCUUUUGGCUUGUUUUGGACUUCAUCCAUCGUCUGGUAUGUAAAA